GCUUCCUACUUCCUUAUCCUGGCUUGGUUCUCUGCUUCAUCAACCUUUCUUGCGAUAAAAAUACAAAAUGUCCCACCAAACGGGCAUACAGGCUGGUAACGACGUGAAGGACAUCUUUGCCAGUGCGAGGUGUGGAGACCAAUAUCGACUCUUAAAGAUUGUGAUUGAGGAUGAGCAGCUAGCUUUGGGCGAAACCAGGCAAGCAUCAAAGACAUGGGACCAAGAGUAUGACUCGUUAGUCCUGCCUCUACUACAGGACGACCUGCCAUCUUAUAUCCUGUACCGACUGGACUCCUCCAACAACCAGGGCUAUGAGUGGAUCUUCAUGGCCUGGUCACCUGACCACUCUCCUGUGCGACAUAAGAUGUUAUACGCUGCUACCAGGGCCACACUAAAGAAGGAAUUUGGUGGGGGGCUUAUCAAAGAUGAGCUCUUUGGCAAUACAAAGGAUGAUGUGUCUCUGAGUGGCUACAAGAAGUACCUGGUGACCAAGGCCGCACCACUACCACUCACUGCUGCUGAGGAGGAACUGAGACAGAUCAAACUCAGUGAGGUGCAGACUGACAUCAGUGUAGACACCAAGCAGAAGACACUGCAGGGAGUGGCGUUCCCCAUGCAUGGAGACGCAUUCGAGGCGCUCAAACGAUUCAGAGACAAGCAAGUCAACUACGUACAACUUGAAAUAGACUUUGCCAAAGAACUCAUUAGGUUGUCUAACACUGAACCAACCGAGGUGAAAGACCUGCCCAAGAGGAUCCCCACAGAGUCUGCUCGCUAUCACUUCUUCCGCUACAAUCAUUCCCACGAGGGUGACUACUUGGAGUCCACAGUGUUCAUUUAUUCCAUGCCGGGGUACAAGUGCAGCAUCAAAGAGAGGAUGCUCUAUUCCAGUUGCAAAAAUCCCCUGGUGGACAUGGUGGAGAACAACAUGCAAAUUGACAUUUUGAAGAAGCUCGAGAUUGAAAGCGGGGAAGAGCUGACUGGUGACUUCCUGUAUGAGGAAGUCCAUCCCAAGCAGCACGCACACAAGCAGGCCUUCGCCAAGCCCAAGGGCCCCGCUGGGAAGAAGGGAGGACGCCGCAUCACCAGACCACCUGGCGAUGGAGAAGAGGAUGACUAAACAGACCCCCCCCCCCGCCACACACACCCACACGCUCCAUAAUGGAACAUUCCAAGUGAUGGAGGGAAAUAUUAUUUGAGACCUCUUGUAAAAUAUUUUAAAAAAUUACAAAAAACUUCUAAACCCUCGAAGCCUAAGUGAUGGAGGGAAAUAUUAUUUGAGACAACCUCUUGUAAAAUAUUUAAAAAUUACAAAAAACUUCUAAACCCUCGAAGCCUAAGUGAUGGAGGGAAAUAUUAUUUGAGACAACCUCUUGUAAAAUAUUUAAAAAUUACAAAAAACUUCUAAACCCUCGAAGCCCACCCAGAGACUGAACUAUGCACGCCAAUGGACAACUGAGCUGAAACACACACUUGAGAAUGUCCAUUUGUAGCCUGCGAUUCAUUCAAAGUAUUUUACUGAGCUAUUCAGAGGUUAGAACAAGUUAAGUAAGAAAGGUUUUUACACUGUUGCCGAGAAUAAAAAAAUAUGUUAGUGCGACUAAUGUGAAUUUGUGCCAAUGUGACGAACCCUCCAUGAGUUGAGUUCACAUGCUUGCAAUCAUUCCUUGCAUUCCUCUUAGAUCAAUGCCAAUUUGUUAUGUGUUUCCUGUACCUAAAGUUGAUCAAAUGUCUCCAUCGAUAUGUGGGCACAGCUAUGAAGAGGUCCAAACCCCCCUUAAAGAUGUAAUAUUUGCUCCUGUCAUUUAAAAAAAAAAAUGAUUUUUUUUAUUUUUAUAACUGUGGUUUACAUAAAACACAUCUGCUGAGAAACAUAUUUUUCUAUGCAAGUGCUGUACAUGUUGUAGGUGUUCUGCUCUGUCUGUGAUGAAAAGGUAUUGUCUGUACUGAUCUGUCUAUCUAUGGUGUCAAUGAGGGUCACGUAACGGAGAGAACAGGGGCUUCCAGUAUUUCACAUCAUUGAUAUAGCUCUGAUUAGCAUUCGAGGAAGCUAAGUAUGCUACUGUGCCAGCUCCUAUGGUGUGAAUGCAAGGUGGGAGUCCCAGAGACCGUGAUUCCAAAUGGAAUUUCUUUCUGCCACAGUCACUUGUCUACUGAUUUAUUGUAUGGCAAAUCACUAGUUUAACACCUCAUCUUCGGACAAGGGAAUACACUCUCAUGAGAACUGUCAUGUUUGGUCUUAAGUUGUUUAUUUUUCUUAAAACAGCGGCUUUUUAAAAAGGAUAAUAAAAAUAUUUACAUCAAACAUA